UACUCGGUGAUCUGAUUAGACCGGUAGUGAGAAUCACUUCACCACUCCAUUAUUUACUCCACGUGUUUCAUUCACAGAAACAAUUAAAAUCUCACCGUCAUUCAGCCUUAAUCGACCUUAAAUCCGUGUGAUAACUGUCAAAAUGAGAAAUUGGAAAAUCCAUUCAUCUAACAGUCUAGAUAACGGUGAUUUACCCGCUGAUUGUGGUCAAUCAAGAAGCCCACACGUUUAUCGCCGAUGAAAUCUACGAUUUCAAAUUUAAUAAUUAUCGAAAUGAAGACUUGGGAGAGUCCCAAAGCCACUUGUAUCGACAAUAAUAUUGACAGAUAUGGAUUUCACGAAUUAUGCAAUCCUUCGUGUUAUGUAUCACUCCAAUUAUUUCGCAUUCGAUCAUGACAACUUCCUCACUCACGACGAGGAAAUAAUUCUCAUGCGACAUCGAGCACACGAUAACCCAAUUGCCGAUCGGACUAGUUAUAGGAUUAACCCACCUCGUUACGUCAACCCACGAUAAGAGCCCCGAGGUAUCUGGUCACCUUAAGAUGUCGAUAAAUCUGUGCCAGAAAUAGUCAAGCAGAUAGUUCAAUUAAUUAGCGCAGAAUUAUGAUAAGAUCUCAAUAUGACCGAUGAUAAUCGAUCACAGUUUUAUAUAUAAGUCGCUUUUCAAACUGUUCAGCAUCAUUGUCAGUGCAAACAUGAAAAUGUUAAGGUUCUUCCCCCUAGCAGUCAUCUUGGCAGUGGUUGCUGCGGAUCCUGUGAGAUUCGAAGGUCAACCCAACGCCGAUGGGCGCAUUAUCGGUGGCGAAGACACGACCAUUGAGGAAGCUCCUUACCAAAUCAGCUUGCAGUUGACUGGUUAUCACUACUGCGGCGGCAGCAUCAUCUCCGAUAGCUGGAUUCUAACCGCAGGCCACUGUGCGGAGAGAGACAUUCAGCAGUACUCCAUCCGUGCUGGCAGCAGCAGUUCCAGAAAAGGUGGUUCAGUCCACACGGUCGAGCAGAUCGUCAAGCACAAAGGCUAUGGUACUGACCUGCACUAUCAUCCAAUCAAUGACAUAGCCCUCAUGCGUAUCACCCCGCCCUUCGUCUUCAACAAGACUCGUCAGGCAAUCAAGUUGUACGGAAUGGGACAGGCAUCGGCUCCUGGAGCUAUGGCAACUAUCACCGGCUGGGGAUACACAAGCUAUGGACUUCCUAAAAUCCUGCAGACUGUCCAGGUGCCCAUCAUCUCCAAGGAAAAUUGCUAUGAACAGUACGGCAAGAGGGGAGGCAUUCCUGAUGGACAAAUCUGCGCUGCCUAUCCACAGGGAGGUAAAGACUCCUGCCAAGGUGACUCCGGUGGUCCAUUGACUAUUGACGGACAACUUGCUGGUGUCGUCUCCUGGGGCUACGGCUGCGCUCAGCGUGGAAAUCCUGGGGUAUACACGGAAGUAGCAUCAUACCGUUCCUGGAUCCGGCAAAAUUCUGAUGUCUCCCACCCCUUCGCCCCUGUCAAUGGCGACAGUCGCAUCGUAGGUGGUGAUGCUACGCCCAUCGACAAGGUUCCCUAUCAAGUCAGCGUUCAAUAUAACGAUGAGCAUUUCUGCGGAGGGAGCAUCAUCUCCUCUGAAUGGAUCAUCACCGCUGCUCAUUGCAUGGAGGGAUCUGCGGACAACUACACCAUUCGCGUUGGCACCGAUGAUCAUUCUGAAGGUGGUUCAGUUCAUGCUGUUGCUGAGUACAAACUCCACGAGCGCUACAUACUGAAGUUCAAUGUCCUUCCCAUUAACGACAUCGCUGUCGUCCGCGUCAAGACACCCUUCGUCUUCAACGACAACGUCCAGGCCAUUGGUCUGUACAAUGAAGGAGAGGCGGCAGUGGUCGGCUCGAUGGGUGUCGUCAGCGGAUGGGGUGAAAUGGGUGAUGAGAUCAUCGCAAAAAGCGAACUGAACAUGCUGCGGCUGGUGAAGGUGCCAAUCGUUUCAAAAUCCAAGUGCUACGUUAAUCUGAGUCGCGUACCGAGUGGUCAGAUCUGCGCUGGUUAUCCAGAAGGGGGUAAAGACGCUUGCGGGGGUGACUCGGGUGGUCCACUUGCCAUCGAUGGACGUCUCGCUGGGAUUGUUUCAUGGGGUAUGGGAUGCGCUGAUCCAGAAUCUCCCGGGGUCUACAGUGAAAUCGCAUUCUAUCGACGCUGGAUCAAACGAAACUCCGCGAACGCAAGCCCCUGGUACAGUCGUAUCAAUCCAUUCACCCCGAAUGGACGUAUCGUUGGGGGUGAGCCAACGACAAUCCAGGAGGUGCCGCAUCAAGUAUCCCUUCAGGUUAACGGUUUUGCCUUCUGCGGUGGCAUUAUCAUUGAUAAGGAAUGGGUAUUAACCGCUGGCCAUUGCGCUGUUUAUUCGCCCCGUCAAGUCACUAUUCGUGCGGGGACUGCGAGAAAAGGCAGUGGGGGAUCUCUUCACAGGGCUGCCCAGAUAAUCCAACAUGAGAAAUACAGAUCCAACAUAUACGGCAUCCCGAUAAACGACGUAGCUGUCAUAAAACUCCAGACUCCAUUCAAGCUCGACGACACACGUCGCCCCGUCGACCUCUUCAAGUACCAGGAGUCAGUUGAGCAGGGCAUCAGGGCAGUCAUCACCGGUUGGGGAGCCACUGUCGAGGGAGGUGGAUCUCCUGAAGUCCUGAACCUGGUCAGUGUCCCAAUAGUCUCCAAGGAAGCUUGCAGCGAAGCUUACAAGAGCUUCGGGGGUCUCCCUGCCGGGCAGAUCUGCGCUGCCUACCCUAAUGGCGGCAAGGAUGCCUGCCAGGGUGAUUCGGGGGGUCCACUGACUGUUGAUGGCCGACUCGCUGGAAUAGUCUCCUGGGGGAAUGGAUGCGCCAGGCCUGGAUACCCUGGAGCCUACACCGAGGUUGCGGCCUUCCGAGAUUGGAUUCAGGAGAAGACAGGAAUUUAAAGCUGUGAGGGGAAAUCGAGGGAAAAUGCAGCGGAGAAUUUUCAAGGGUUCCAUUUGUGCUUUGUUUAGGAUAUCAAUGUGAGGGGAGCUUUCAUUUAUAAAAUAGACCAAACAAAUGAAACAAAAGGCAGUAAAAAUUAAUUUCAAAACUCAAUGCGCAACUUCCUGGGGGUAAUACUUUCGCUGCGUCUAGGCUAAACUAAUUCAAGCGGUAAAACACACUCAGGGACUUUACCACAGUUUGAGUACAACUGUAAACUGGGUUGUAAAUUACUUCAACUUCAUUCAACUUGAAAGUUGAUCCGGCGUACUUGUUAAGUAAGGAGAAUGCGUUAGUGAAUUAUGUAGCUGAAAUAUACUGCGAGUUAAAGGGACUCCAGAGUGGGAGCACCUGCAGAUAUAAAGUUGCAGUGACUGUCCGAUAUAAUCCAGAAGUUACGAAAAUUGUACAGCAGAAAUUAUUUGAAUGAUGAGAUGAUUAAUAUUGAUGAAGUGGGAAAAACCCUUGAGGGGUCUAGUACAUUUACUAGCCAGAGGGUCACUUGCCCUGCACUACUUGCGUAGCUUAACUUUUAUUGUAAAAGUAUUUUAAAAUAGUAUUAUAUAUAGUAAAUAUAAUAAAUAGUGAGUGUUUACUGUAAAUGAAAAAAGAGCAGACCAGGGAAAAUAUAUUACCACAUUAAUUAUUAAUAAUAA